GAUGCUGAAGGUGACGUCACCCAAGAAGCGCGCCGUGUUUUGGAAUUCAAGGCGCCAGCUUUGUUAAAGCAUCGCGUUAGCAUCGAUGGUGUGUCAGCGCCGCAUCGCUGCCUCAUCAGAACCAAAGUGAUGCCAGCUGCGGAGCCGGUCCGGUUGGGCCGCAAACGCACUCUGCCGCCUUGCCCGAACCCGCUGUUCCUCAAGUGGCUCACGGAGCUCCGGGACGAGGCCAAGGAGAAGGGACUGAAGAUCCAGUACACGUACCAGAAGGCCAUCGGCUCUCUGAACAAGUAUCCCUUACCCCUUCAAAACGCCAAAGAGGCAAAGAUCCUCCAGAACUUUGGAGACGGCAUCUGUAAAAUACUGGAUGAAAAACUGCAGCGGCACCUUCGAGAAAACGGUCCCGACGCUCCUGUUCGAUCUCUACCCGAGGGAGCGCCCCCUCCUGGUAGACAGGACAACAACAGACUGGCUCCGUCCAGAAAGAAGAAUGCUGCAGGGGAUCCAGGGGGAGGAGGAGGAGGAGGAGGAGAAGGGAGGAAGAAGAAGAAGAGGGAGUACGUGCCCCAGAAGAGGUCCGGCGGUUAUGCGGUUCUGCUCGCCCUCUACAGGCAGAUGCAGAUCCCAGGAAGCAAAGGCUAUAUGUUCAAGAUGGAGCUACAAGCCGAAGCUCAGCCUCUCUGCGACAAGUCUUUCUCUGUACCGGAUUUAGGCAGCAAGUACACGGCCUGGUCGUCAGUGAGCACCCUGAUCCGGAAGAACUUUGUCAUAAAGACCCACAACCCUGCGAGGUAUUCUCUGACUGAAGACGGUCUCUCUCUGGCGGAGCGACUGGAGGCCGUGGAACGCGACCCCAAAGACGGCCCCCAGGGGGACGGAGAGGAGGCCGCGGGCGAAGAAGAAGAAGAAGAGGAGGAGGAGGAGGAGGAGGAGCGGGCUCCUGGGCUGGUGGACCUCACGGCCAGCGAUGACGACGAAGGAGAAGACGGAAUACAGCCGCCGCCCCCCCGCCCCCAGAGUGGUGCUGGUGGGGCGGGUCUUUCGGUCCAGAACCCUCAGGCGGCGAGCGAGAAGCCCGGCGAAGGCCGUCUUCCGCCUGGAUCCUAUGAAAUCAUCCUCUGCGUUGACUUCAUCGAGACGACCGGCGGGAGCAACCACCGCAAGCAGGAGCUGGUCCGAGAGCUGCAGAGGAACGGCGUGCGCUUCGACGUGAGGAAGCUGAACGUCGGCGACUUCCUGUGGGUCGCCCGGGAGAAGGUGGCGCCCGUCCCAGGGCAGCUGCGUGCCGCCGCCGGCAGGGAGCUCGUCCUCGAUUACAUCAUCGAGAGGAAGAGGAUGGACGACCUGUGCGGCAGCAUCAUCGACGGGCGCUUUAGGGAGCAGAAGUUCCGGAUGAAGAGGUGUGGUCUUCGUCGGCCGUGCUACCUGGUGGAGGAGUGCGGGUCGGCCGCCUCCCACCUGAGCUUACCUGAGUCCACGCUGCAGCAGGCCAUAGUCAACACACAGGUGGUCGAUGGCUUCUUUGUGAAGAGAGUGCAGGAUGUGAGGGAGUCGGCCGCCUACCUCACCGUCAUGACACGGAACCUGAUCAGACUUUACCAGGACCGUACGCUCAUCUGUCGCUCCAGAGAGCUGGAGGGGGACGAGGGAGGUGAGGAGGAGGAGGAGCAGCGAGGGACCCCCUCCUGCUCCCUCAUUUCCUUUGCAGAGUUCAACUACGGUGCCAUCAAAAACAAGUGUCAGACGGUGAGGGAAGUGUUUGCCAGGCAGUUGAUGCAGGUGAGCGGUUUGUCCGGAGACAAGGCCGCCGCCAUCCUGGAGCAGUACAGCACGCCACACAGCCUCCUGGCGGCCUACGAGCGAUGCGCCAGCGAAGCACACAAAGAGAAACUUCUCUCCUGCAUCCGCUACGGGAAGCUCAAAAGAAACCUGGGUCCAGCUCUGAGCAGAACCAUCUAUCAGCUGUACUGUACCAAAGGAGCGUUGUCAUAGAAACGCAGCGUCACGCAGAUGUUUUCUACAAAUGCUCAAUUCCCUCGAGAUAUGGACACAUUCUACCUUUAUAUGAAUAUAAAGAUGCUGCUAUUUCCAUUAUUGUGACAUAAUGCCAUUUGUAUAAAGAGUUUCACGAAUUCACCCUUGUUCUCCAUCAAUAAAAUUUAUUUUAUUAUGAUUAUAUUACUUUCUUGCGAUAUGUCUGACGUGGAGUAUU